AUGUUAACACUCAUUCGAACAAGUGGCUGUACUAUUUGGUGUCAUCAAUUAUUGCAAACGUACAGGAAAGUUCCACCAGUAAUUGUAUGUCGAACACUUGGCAACUGUACAAAAGGUUUCAAGCAUUCGAAGAAUACUAUGUAUUACUGGGCAAGUGUUGGAGUGGCAUUUUUUAGCUUUGCAAUGCUUUCAGUUCCGGCCUUUCGAAUAUUUUGUGAAAAGACUGCCGUUACCGGACUAACAAAAAUCGCUGACGACUUCGAAAGAAUAUCAUCGAUGAAAAAAGUGAAAAACCGAUUGAUACGUGUUUCUUUCAAUGCUGAUCUUGAUUCUGCCUUGAAAUGGCAAUUCAAGCCUCUGCAGAAAGAAAUUUAUGUUUAUCCUGGUGAAACUGCUCUUGUUUUUUACAGUGCUCGCAAUGAAACUGACAAACCCAUGAUUGGUAUUAGUAGUUACAAUUUGUCACCAUUUCAGGCAGCAUAUUAUUUCAACAAAAUUCAGUGUUUUUGCUUUGAAGAUCAAAUCCUUAAUCCUGGAGAACAAGUGGAUUUACCUGUAUUCUUUUAUAUCGACCCCGAUUAUGUAAAUGAUCCAGAUUUGGAGUAUACUGAUAAUGUUGUCUUAAGUUACAAAUUCUUCGAAUCUAAGUCAGAUCUUGUUUUACCCGAUCCAUUCGACCCAGAAAAUCGGCCUACUAUAGUCAGAAAUGCAAGUUCUGCUGUGAAGGGGGAAAAUGACUUGGAAGGGAUUAGAUCUGAAAGUGUUGAAGUGAACAAGUCUAAUACUGUAAAAAUAAUGGAUAGUUAA